GCCCCUCUGUAAACCAGCAGAGAGGCGUCCGGGUUUCCACCCCUUUGCCGAUUAGUUUGAUAGCAGGAUAGCGAAGGACUGAAUUGGGAAUGGCUCCUCUCCCUUAGCCACACAAGUUAUAAAAUGAUAUAUCAGUGCGGGUUGUUAAUGUUACAGUUUAACGCAGGUUUGUUUUUUACCUCCACGGUCCACGGUUACUUCCUGGUGCCACAGAGAGAGGCAGUGCUGAGUUAAAGAGACAGAAAUACUGAUAGAAAUUCAGAUAGAAAAAAAUACUGAAGAGAAGAGAGUGGUUGGAGACGCGAUAGGAACAGUUGACUGGAUUCCCAGAAAUUGAAAACCCUCUCUCUCUCUUCUUAUUUAUAUGUAUUUUUGAUAUUUCUUCGUUGAAGCGAGUCGUUAUUCUUCGUUGGCUUGUGAACUAACAAACGGUUUGGAUGACGGUUGGCUGCGGCUAAAAGCGGAAUUGUAACGGGGAACAUAUUCCUCCCUCCGACGGAGAAGCCUCGCAGAGAUUUUUCCUUUUUUACUUUACAUUAGACUCAUUCCUGUGUCAUUUUACACCACAAUAUCAUCCCGGGUGUUAUUUUAUAUUUUUUACGAUUCCACAAGGAAGGGUUAGGGCGACGGAAGAUGGGUUGUUUGGGCAACAGCAAGACUGAAGAUCAACGCAUCGACGAAAAGGCACAACGAGAGGCUAAUAAAAAGAUAGAAAAACAGUUGCAAAAGGAAAGACAAGCGUAUAAAGCCACACACAGGCUCUUAUUACUGGGUGCGGGAGAGUCCGGAAAAAGCACCAUUGUGAAGCAGAUGAGGAUUCUACACGUCAACGGCUUCAACGCGGAAGAAAAGAAACAGAAAAUCCAAGAUAUUCGGAAAAACGUGAAGGAUGCCAUAGUGACUAUAGUGUCUGCGAUGAGCACUUUAAUACCCCCUGUCCCGCUAGCCAACCCAGAGGACCAAUUCAGAAUCGAAUACAUCAAAAGCAUAGCACCUCUCUCUGACUUUGACUAUUCACAGGAGUUCUUUGAUCAUGCAAAGAAGCUGUGGGACGACGAAGGAGUGAAGGCAUGCUUUGAGAGGUCCAAUGAGUACCAGCUCAUCGACUGUGCACAAUAUUUCCUGGACAGAAUUGACUCUGUAAGACAGAAUGACUACACACCAACAGACCAGGACCUGCUACGCUGCCGAGUGUUAACUUCAGGGAUUUUCGAGACGAGGUUCCAAGUAGACAAAGUGAACUUUCACAUGUUUGAUGUUGGGGGCCAGAGAGAUGAAAGGAGAAAAUGGAUCCAGUGCUUUAAUGACGUCACUGCUAUCAUCUUCGUGGUGGCCAGCAGCAGCUACAACAUGGUAAUAAGGGAAGACAAUAACACCAACAGGCUACGGGAAGCCCUGGACCUCUUCCGCAGUAUUUGGAACAACAGAUGGUUACGCACUAUAUCGGUCAUAUUAUUCCUGAACAAGCAGGACAUGCUGGCUGAGAAAGUAUUAGCUGGAAAAUCCAAAAUUGAAGACUACUUCCCUGAAUAUGCUCGCUACACCAUACCAAAUGAAGGUUUGUGCCCCACUGAAAUACCAGAAGUACUAAUAGGGUUUCUCUUUACGUCGGUCAGUGUUAACUGUGAAUCCCUUGUCCUUUUAGCAACUCCUGAACCUGGUGAAGACCCAAGAGUGACGAGAGCUAAGUUCUUCAUCCGAGACGAGUUUCUUCGGAUCAGCACUGCGAGUGGCGACGGCAGACACUACUGCUACCCUCACUUCACCUGCGCCGUGGACACAGAGAACAUCCGGCGGGUGUUCAAUGACUGCCGGGACAUCAUCCAGAGAAUGCACCUGCGGCAGUACGAACUCUUGUGAUGGGAGACCGCCUCCGUCAGCCUUCUGUGUUUUUCUCCACCAUUCUGCAUCCUUGACGAACCCUUCCUCCUCCAGCUCCUCCACCUCCACCUAACCCCUCACCCCUCCUCCCUCAAAGAAACCCUCAACAACCCCGACCACCCCUCCUGUCGAGGACUAUGAAGUACUACUGAAGUGUGUCAAAUCCUCUUCCUCUUCUUAACUUCUUAGCUUUUUGUACUUUUUUCUUUCUCUGAGACCGAUUCAUCCCCAUUUCACCGACGUGAAAGGAAGAUUGGGGAACAAAGUUGUUGCGUGCCGCUAUUAUUUUUUUUUCUCUUCUUUUACUUUUAAUCCUUCCUUUUGAAAGCCUUGAUUUUUGUCAUUCCACUAAGCCUUGGGCUACCUCCUUUGUUUUUGCCCCCUUGUGUCUGUCUGUCUUUUGGCUUUGACAUUGGACCUGGACUGGUGGGUGUGGAUACAUAAAAACACACCUACAGGACCUCACUGUAGAGGCAGUGUGCGUGCGUGUGUUUGUAUGUAAUGAAGAGACGGAGGAUUGCCAUAUAAGCGCGCAUGUGUGUGUUCAUGUUUGUGUGUCACCUGCUGGUUUAAAGCUGGCAUCACCACCAUGACCCUUACCCUCCCCCACCUACCCUUUCUUUUCUUUUUUUCUUAUUUUUUUAAUUUUGCCCCGUCACCCCCUCCGGCCUGCUUCUUCUCUCCGCGUGGAAGACGACUGGACGGCGACAAAACCCGGAGAGCAACGGGAGUGGAUGCAGGGGAACCGAGUGGAUGAAGAGAUAAAUGCACUUUGCAUCAGGUUCCUUAAUAACUUUUUUUGUUGUUGUUGUUGCUGUUGUUGCUGUUGUUGUUGUUGUUGUUGUUGUUGUUUUUUCUCCAGAGGAAGCAUACACACAAUGUAGCAUCACAAUAUUUAUUGCCCUGUCACGAUGUUAGCUUGCCGAGCUGCAGGGUGCACCGAGCAGCCGAGAGACAUGUGGAGCGAAAGAUUAAAGUGGGAAGGGGCAGGAAAUAUAUGACGACAUGAAGACGGAUUUAAAUGAAGGAAAAGGGACUGAGCUCUCCGCACCUUAGCCCUGCUGCCUCCACGGACUCGGACCUGCCUCCUUUUUCCACACAAACCAUCCUUUUAGCUUAGAGAUACUGAUGGGA